GAGUGAGCAGAAGCGGAGGCGGAGGUGGACGGCGCUUAUCAGCCAAUACACAAGGCUCGUUCCGGCGAGCUGCAUUCAGUUCACUGCCACCGGCUGAGCUGCAACGAGAGUUCGGAUCGAAAUAAAUUAGAACAAAAAAAUAAAAGUCUAUAUAUAGUAGAAUAAAAUUAAAAAUUAAAAUCAAAACAAAGUAUGAGUUCAAGCAACGUGUUUUGUACGAUUUGUUCGGAACGCUAUCGUCAUACGGAUAACAUUCUUGCCGGUAGCUGUGGACAUGCCUUCCAUGAGGUGUGCCUGGACCGCUGGCGUGAGCAAUCAACGACAUGCCCUAUUUGCCGAUGCGAAGAUGCUGUUUACAUACAGCUUUAUCUGAAUUUUGAAGAUUCCGGCGAGCCGGUCCCCAAUGGACGUGCCCAUCGGGGAGAUGCAAGUGGGGAGAAUCAGAGACAAGGUCACAGUGCCGCCACCAGUAGCAGUAGCUCCAGCAGCAGUAGCUCCAGCAGCAGCAGCAACACCAACGGACACAGUAACAACAACAACAACGACAGCAACACUGACCACACUAAUGGAGAUUUGCGGGGAAUUAUGCGAGAAUACGAGAAUAUGCUCUACGAAACUGGAGUCUAUCAGGAGGAGAUUGAAUAUCUGAAUGCUCAAAUCGGAGCUUUAACUCUUAUAAAUUCUCAACUCAAGGUUGUAUUGAAUGGUUCCGAUUCGGACUAAUUUUUGUUUCCUCAUGGAGUGAUUUUAGCAAAAGUAGUUUUAAGAUAAGAUUUUGUCUGAAAAAUCGUAUCAUCCUAUAGAGUAGUAAUCGGGUUUUUCUGAUAAGGUACUUAAUAGUUAUCCGGCCUCUUAUCGCUCUGCAAUUUUUGGCUAAACAAGACGCAAAAAUUCAAGAUAAGAGAAACAAUAAGAGAAGAGAUGCAGACAAUAAAGACCAAUAACAAUAAAUCAAUAUAGAGACGAUAAGAAUAUAGAAGAUA